AACUUGGGAGAAAGAGUGCGAAUUAUUCGGAUCCGUCUCUAUAUAUACCCGCUUCUCCGUUCCGUAAAAUCACACUGCAUUUGCGCUCUGCUCUUCUUCUUCUCUGCUUCUCCAUUUCUCUGGUCUGUAGAUCUGCACUUCUCCAUUUUCACCAAAGAAAAAAACAUGGACACCUUCCUAUUCACCUCAGAGUCCGUCAACGAAGGACACCCCGACAAGCUCUGCGAUCAAGUCUCGGACGCCAUUCUCGAUGCUUGCCUCGAACAGGACCCCGAGAGCAAAGUCGCCUGUGAGACAUGCACCAAGACCAACAUGGUCAUGGUCUUUGGUGAGAUCACAACCAAGGCUAACGUUGACUACGAGAAGAUAGUCCGAUCCACAUGCAGAGGUAUCGGCUUCAUCUCACCAGAUGUUGGCCUUGAUGCUGACAACUGCAAAGUCCUGGUCAACAUCGAGCAACAGAGCCCCGACAUUGCCCAGGGUGUCCACGGUCACCUCACCAAGAAACCUGAAGACAUUGGAGCUGGCGACCAAGGUCACAUGUUCGGCUAUGCAACCGAUGAAACACCUGAGCUCAUGCCGCUCACUCAUGUCUUGGCAACAAAACUCGGUGCUAAGCUCACUGAAGUGAGAAAGAACAAAACUUGCGGUUGGUUGAGGCCCGAUGGAAAAACCCAAGUCACUGUUGAGUACAAAAAUGACAACGGUGCUAUGGUUCCGAUCAGAGUCCACACUGUCCUAAUCUCCACUCAGCAUGACGAAACUGUCACAAACGAGCAGAUUGCAAUCGACUUGAAAGAGCAUGUGAUCAAGCCAGUGAUUCCAGCUCAGUAUCUUGAUGACAAAACCAUCUUCCACCUUAACCCAUCUGGCCGAUUCGUGAUCGGUGGCCCACAUGGAGAUGCUGGUCUCACCGGAAGGAAGAUCAUCAUCGACACCUACGGUGGCUGGGGUGCCCAUGGUGGUGGUGCUUUCUCCGGCAAAGAUCCAACCAAGGUUGACAGGAGCGGUGCCUACGUUGUGAGGCAGGCGGCAAAGAGUAUCGUUGCCUCUGGGCUUGCUCGCAGGUGCAUUGUGCAGGUUUCGUAUGCUAUCGGUGUGGCUGAGCCGCUCUCUGUGUUUGUUGAUACUUACAAGACUGGAACGAUUCCGGACAAGGAUAUUCUGGUCCUUAUUAAGGAGAACUUUGACUUCAGGCCCGGAAUGAUUGCUAUCAACCUCGACUUGAAGAGAGGAGGUAACUUUAGGUACCAGAAGACUGCUGCAUACGGUCACUUUGGUCGUGAUGAUGCUGACUUCACCUGGGAGACUGUCAAGACACUCAAGCCUAAAGCUUGAGUCUUUUUUUAAGGGCUACAUAUAUACAGACAACACUUCUGCAAAUUGGUAUUUUAUUUUCUUUUGUUGUUGGAAUUAUAUUAGUUGCAGAUUGAAUAAACAAAGUUGGCUGGCUGGAUAUAUAUCGAAGGUUGCGCGGAUAUGUUGAAGGACGCCGAGAUCGAAGAUUAGUACGGGUUUUAAUUUUUUUUAAAAUUUUUAUUUUGAGGGAUAUGCAUGGGAGAGUCUAUUGUAUUUGUUGAAUGUGUUUGUUGUUAUUUUGAUGUUUGUUUUGCGGUUAGCAAAGUUGUUAUCCUACUAUUCUAUUUUUCUGCAGCAGGCUCAGUAGUCUGGAAUGAGUCUUUGCUUUGAAUGUAUUAUGUCUUUUUUCAUACUUUCUGAAAUUACCAAACUGUUCUAUGAAAAUUGUUUUUUCAUAUU